CCAGUGGCCAUUUUGCUAUCCGUUGAUAAAUGCAUGGCAUUCUCGUACCGACUGGUUCCUACCGCGUUCCAGAACGAAUAUAUAAAUUGAAAUAACACUUCAGGAGAAUAGACACUGUGCACAGAUUUUGUUUUAUUACUGGCCAUAUCCUGGGCCAGGAUUUUCAUAAAUUUGUUAAACAUUCAAUGGGUCUGGGUCGGCAGCCUUGUCUACUUGAAUGCACAGAUCGUAGAAGAGUUUCCUGUUAGAAUAGAUUUCGACUCCAUUAACCUUUACAGGGUAGAUCACUAUGGAGGUUGAAGUGAUCGAAGUGAAGGACCUGGGGGAGAUAUUGAACCAGGCAGAGGAGGGUGAAGAAAUAAUUUUUGAAUCUGAAGCUACUGAAGAUGGAGUUGAUGAGGAGGUUGAAGAGAUUGUGGAAAUUAUUGAAGAAAUCGAAGAAGUUGAAGAGGAUGUAGAUGAGGAGGAGCAACAUGAUCUAGAGAAUAGCAAUGGGACUACUAAUAAAUCUGCAGGAAAUAGUACAACAGAGAUGCAUACUAAAGUGCAAUCUGAAGAGUCUGGACAUUACAGAAGAGUCUAUAGUUCGGGCAAAGAAUUUGCUAAAAAGUCUACCCAGAAACACUUAGAUAAUGGAACCUCUAAGGUGAAAAAGCAGCAUGUGACAUACGAUGUUGAUGAAGACUGGGAAGAUGAGGAUGCUGAUGAAUCUGAAUCGAGGCAACAUAAUAAUGAGAUGAGUCAGAUUCAACUAAAGAAUAACAAGAAAACGUACAAUAUUAGCAAAAAGUCUGUAAAUAUGCUUAAUUCCGAGAACACUGGAACCUCCUCUGCUGAAGAAGUCAUCUUGAAGGCCAACAAAUCUGGAGUGCUUCUUGAAUACGAUCACAGUAUAAAUGAUGCUGCUAAUGAAGAGAAUAGCGGCCAUGAGAUAGUUAAGAAUACAGAGAAUAAUCUGGUUUAUACUGUACUAGGUUCAAAGAAGUCAGUUGGCUCUUCCAAGGGUCAAGAAGAGAAAAAUUCUGGUGCCAGAUUUCUUAAGGUCGAUCAAAUAGAGGAUAAUGCAAUCCCCGUUGAAGGGACCAUUUAUUACGAAGGAGAAGAAAUGCAAACCCUCUACGUGGCACAUUCUGUGAAUGAUAACGAACAGUAUCAAUACGAAGGUGUUGUAAUGGAGCAAGAAGGUUGGGAAACAGCGAGUCAGGAAGAAGGUAGCCAGCAACAGCAGCAGCAGGAAGAAGAAAAUUCUCAGGAUCAGAUCUUUCUCCACGAGGAUGAAGAUGGUCAGCUUUACUUCAAGGACGACACAGGAACGUUGCAGCCUGUUUACUUGACUGCGGAUGGAAACUAUGCAAUUGCUGAGGCCAGUAGCGACGACCAGGAUAGUCAAGAGAGUCAGAGUCAUCAGACACAGAACUCUAGGUCAUCAGACGAUGGAAAUUGUACAGCGGGUGACAUGGAAUAUCGAAAUAACAUAGAAGAUAAACAAGACUCCAUCAUCCCAAGUUCCUCACUCAGCGAAAUGGACAACGAGGACAAUACCGUGACAAUAUCCCUAAUCAUUUCUGAGGAUGAGCACGGCCAGAAGAGAACCCAAGUAAUAAUCCCCACCACGGAUACUCUUAAAUGUGAAAUCUGUAACAAAUCCUUCAAGACAUCCUUCCAGCUGCUACGACACAACAGACUAAAGCAUGCAAGAGAGGAGGACAUCACCACCAGAAACUUUCCCUGCGACCUUUGUCCUAAGAGAUACCCGGAUCAGAAUUCUUUGGCGCGUCAUCGCAAGACCCACACCGGGGAUCGUCCUUUCCAGUGUCUGGAGUGUCACAAAAACUUCCCUACGUCGACGGCACUUCGCAGGCAUCUUACUCUGCACAACCCUCAGUCUCGGCCGUUGCCCUGUAUCUACUGCGGUCGACGCUUCCUCGAGAAGGCUAGUCUGGCUAAGCAUGAGCAAUCUCACCUGGCUGGUGACCAAAGGACCCAUACCUGCGACAUCUGUCACAAGUCCUUCAUGCACGCGAGCGAUCUGAAUCUUCAUAAGAAGAAUCAUGACCCGGACAAGAAGUUCGACUGCGAGGUGUGUGGUCGGGAGUUUAAUCGGUUGAACAAUUUGCAGCGGCACAUGAUGGUGCACCAGCAACAAGGAGCUAAUGAGGAGAUACUCUCCUGCGAUGUCUGCGGCAUAACCUACAAAUUCAUGAGUUCUCUCACGAGACAUAUGGUCACAACCCACAUGAACCCGGAAAAGCUGCGCCAGCAAGCCGAGGAGCAACGUCGCAAGCGUGAGAAUAAUUACAGACGUUACCUGGAAAACAGGAAGAUGUAUGAGACUCAGCAUUCUGGGAGUUACGGGACCAAGAGGGGCUAUCAUCAUAACUCCAGGGUCUUGAAUGACGACGAUGAUAUUGCUUGACUUUCGCGUACGUGACGGGGUCAGUUUUACGGACUAAUUGCAUUUUCUUCAGUGGACUUUGGACGUGCGAGAUCGAUAUAAAAUAAAUUGUAUAAUUUACUUUAAUGAAUCCCCUGUAGAAUGACAGUGCAUGAAUAAAUACGAUGUCGUUUCUAUUGACGAUAACAGAAUUCAA